GCAGCGGCAUCGGCUUCGCAGACGCGCUCGGGCUGCGAGUCCGAGGCCGGCGUGCGCCGAGGCUGGGCGGCCAGCCCGAGCGGCGGCUGCAGCGCAGUGCCUCCACCUGCAGCUCCCGCCCCAAGCCACCCAUCAGCCCUUUUCCCUCUGGUCAGAGCCUGAGCCAGACCAGGCCUUCUGUGCUGUGCCGAGCCGCUGGCACUGCCGGAAAAAUGAUCGCGGCGCUGCGGUACGUGUGGCCUCUCUUCCUAUGCAGCCCGUGUCUGCUCAUCCAGAUCCCCAAGGAAUUCAUGGAGCCACCAGUCAUCACAGAACAGUCUCCACGACGCCUGGUCGUCUUCCCCACAGAUGACAUCAGCCUCAAGUGUGAGGCCAGUGGCAAACCAGAAGUGGAGUUCCGCUGGACACGGGAUGGUGUCCACUUCAAGCCCGAGGAGGAACUGGGAGUGACUGUGUACCAGGCGCCCCACUCUGGCUCCUUCACCAUCAUGGGCAACAACAGCAAUUUCCCCCAGCGCUUCCAGGGCGUCUAUCGCUGUUUUGCCAGCAACAAGCUGGGCACGGCCAUGUCGCACGAGAUCCAGCUCAUGGCUGAGGGGGCCCCUAAGUGGCCAAAGGAGAACGUGAAACCUGUGGAGGUGGAGGAAGGCGAAUCGGUGGUGUUGCCCUGCAACCCCCCGCCCAGUGCUGAGCCGCUGCGGAUCUAUUGGAUGAACAGCAAGAUCCUGCACAUCAAACAGGAUGAGCGGGUGACAAUGGGCCAGAAUGGCAACCUCUACUUUGCCAACGUGAUCACCUCAGACAACCACUCCGACUAUAUCUGCAAUGCCCACUUCCCUGGCACACGGACCAUCAUUCAGAAGGAGCCCAUUGACCUCCGGGUCAAGGCCACCAACAGCAUGAUCGACAGGAAGCCGCGCCUUCUCUUCCCCGCCAACUCCAGCAGCCACCUGGUGGCCUUGCAGGGUCAGCCCUUGGUGCUGGAGUGCAUCGCAGAGGGCUUCCCCACACCCACCAUCAAGUGGCUGCGGCCCAGCAGCCCCAUGCCGACUGACCGCGUCACCUACCAGAACCACAAUAAGACCCUGCAGCUUAUGAAUGUGGGUGAGGAGGAUGAUGGCGAGUACCGCUGCCUGGCUGAGAACUCGCUGGGCACUGCCCGGCAUGCCUACUAUGUCACCGUAGAGGCUGCUCCCUACUGGCUACACCAGCCCCAGAGCCAUUUGUAUGGGCCAGGAGAGACCGUCCGCCUGGACUGCCAAGUUCAGGGCAGGCCCCAGCCGGAAGUCACCUGGAGAAUUAACGGGAUCCCUGUGAAUGAUUUGCCUGGGGACCAGAAAUACCGGAUCCAGCAUGGCGCCCUCAUUCUAAGCAAUGCUCAGCCUAGUGACACCAUGGUGACACAGUGUGAGGCCCGCAACCGGCAUGGGGUCCUGCUGGCCAAUGCCUACAUCUAUGUAGUCCAGCUGCCAGCCCGCAUUCUGACCAGGGACAACCAGACAUACAUGGCCGUGGAGGGCAGCACUGCCCACCUGCUCUGCAAGGCCUUCGGAGCCCCUGUGCCCAGCAUCCAGUGGCUGGAUGACGAAGGCGCAACAGUGCUUCGGGAUGAACGCUUCUUUCCCUACGCCAACGGCACUCUGGGUAUCCGGGACCUCCAGGCCAAUGACACUGGCCGCUACUUCUGCCAGGCUGCCAAUGACCAGAACAACGUGAGCAUCGUGGCAAACCUGCAGGUCAAAGAAGCAACCCAGAUCACGCAGGGGCCCCGCAGUGCAAUCGAGAAGAAAGGCGCCAAGGUGACAUUCACGUGCCAGGCUUCCUUCGACCCUUCCUUGCAGCUGCACAUCACCUGGCGUGGGGACGGGCGAGACCUCCAGGAGCUGGGGGACAGAGACAAGUACUUCCUUGAGGAGGGGCUCCUGGUCAUCUACAGUCUGGACUACAGCGACCAGGGCAACUACAGCUGUGUGGCCAGCACGGAGCUGGAUGAGGUGGAAAGCAGGGCGCAGCUGCUGGUGGUGGGGAGCCCUGGGCCAGUGCCUCGGCUGGAGCUGUCUGAUCAGCACCUGCUGAAGCAGAGCCAGGUGCGCCUGUCCUGGAGCCCGGCUGAAGACCACAACGCCCCCAUUGAGAAGUAUGACAUUGAAUUUGAGGACCAGAAGAUGGCACCAGGCAAAUGGCACAGUCUGGGCAAGGUGCCCGGGAACCAGACAUCGACCACCCUCAAGCUGUCGCCCUACGUCCACUACACUUUUAGGGUCACUGCCAUAAACAAAUACGGCCCUGGGGAGCCAAGCCUGCCUUCCGAGACCAUAGACACACCACAAGCAGCCCCGGAGAAAAACCCUGUGGACGUGCAGGGCGAAGGCAAUGAGACCAACAACAUGAUCAUCACGUGGAAGCCGCUGCGGUGGAUCGACUGGAAUGCGCCCCAGCUUCAGUACCGCGUGCAGUGGCGCCCUGUGGGGAUGGAGGGGGCCUGGCAUGAGCAGAUUGUGAGCGACCCCAUCCUGGUGGUAGCCAACACGUCCACCUUUGUGCCUUAUGAGAUCAAAGUCCAGGCUGUCAACAGCCAGGGCAAGGGCCCAGAGCCCCAGGUCGUCAUUGGCUACUCGGGCGAGGACUACCCACAGGUGAGCCCAGAACUGGAAGAAGUGCAGAUCAUCAACUCGAGCACUGUACUGGUCAGCUGGUUGCCCGUGGACCUGACCCAGGUCAAAGGCCACCUCCGGGGUUACAACGUGACCUACUGGUGGACAAGUAGUCAGAGGAAGCAAAGCAAGAGGCACGUGCAGAAAGGCCAUGUCGUGGUGCCCGCAAACGUCACCAGCGCCAUCCUCAGUGGCCUGCGACCCUUCAGCUCCUAUGAACUGGAGGUGCAGGCUUUCAAUGGGCGGGGAUUGGGCCCUGCCAGCACACGCACAUUCAAUACCCCAGAGGGAGUACCCGGCCACCCUGAGGCGCUGCACCUAGAAUGCCAGUCGGACACCAGCCUGCUGCUGCACUGGAAGCCGCCACUCAGUCACAAUGGCGUGCUCACUGGCUAUACGCUCUCCUACCACCCCCUGGGCAACGGGGGUCAGGAACAGCUGUCUUUCCACCUCCCGGAUCCUGAGCUUCGCACCCACAACCUGACCAACCUGAGCCCCAAGCUGCAAUACCGCUUCCAGCUGCAGGCCACCACCAGGGAGGGGCCUGGUGAGGCCAUCGUGCGGGACGGAGGCACCACGGUGUCUGGAACCCCGGACUUUGUCAACAUCUCAGCUAUGGCGGGUGAGAACUACAGUGUGAUCUCCUGGAUCCCCAAGGAAGGCCAGUGUAACUUCGGCUUCCGCAUCCUAUUCAAAGCCUUGGGCGAUGGGAAGGGAGAUGCCUCCCCACCACCGCAGUAUGUAAGCUACAACCAAAGCUCGUACACGCAGUGGAACCUGCAGCCCGACACCCACUACGAGAUCCACCUGUUCAAAGAGAAGACGCUGCUGCACCAGAUGGCCGUGAAGACCAAUGGCACGGGCCGCGUGAGACUGCCUCCUGUGGGCUUCGCCACUGAGGGCUGGUUCAUCGGCUUCAUCAGUGCCAUCAUUCUGCUCUUCCUCAUCCUUGUCAUCCUGUGCUUCAUCAAGCGCAGCAAAGGCGGCAAGUACUCAGUGAAGGAUAAGGAGGACACGCAGGUGGAUUCUGAGGCCCGGCCAAUGAAAGACGAGACCUUUGGCGAGUACAGUGACAACGAGGAGAAGGCCUUUGGCAGCAGCCAGCCAUCACUGAACGGAGACAUCAAAGCCCUGGGCAGUGACGACAGCCUGGCUGAUUAUGGAGGCAGCGUGGAUGUGCAGUUCAAUGAAGACGGCUCCUUCAUUGGUCAGUACAGCGGCCAGAAGGAGAAGGAAGCGGCAGGGGGCAAUGACAGCUCAGGGGCCGCGUCCCCCAUCAACCCCGCCGUGACCCUCGAGUAACAGGCUUGGCUCACCGCACAGUCACAGGUGCAGGACAGCUGGAGGCCACUGUGCGCACCCUUCCGCAGAGCCUGGGUGGUGCCCCAGACCGUGCGAUUCUCUCUCUGCUUCCUCUCUGUAGCAGGCCUGUGUGAAGCUUGAGUUGGGGCAGAGGAGAGGAACUCACUGUCUCAAAUCCCCUUCUUACCACCUGCUCCCCACUUGAUUGCCAAAACCCAGCUGUACCCCGUCCUGGGCACAUGCUGCUUUGCCCUUGUUCGCGCCAGGGGCCUUUGGGUGCUGCUUUGCUCAUCUACUUGGGGGGAGGAAGGAAGGUGGCCGAGGAGCACCCUCUGAGAUGCUGACCGGGCAGGGGCGGGUAUGCUGCUGUCUCUGCAGCAAUGCCCUCCCCUCCCCCAGCCGUUCUCCAGCCAGCCUGCUUGGGACUGAGGACAGAAUUCGGUGUCCCCACCAUCUGUUCCCUUUGCUUUGCCAUCUCCUCGGCUCCAAGCGAGCCGAGGACUGCUUACGGGUGCGCAGGAGGCCAUCUGGAGACCCCAGGGUCCCCACUCUUGCAGUGUCACACACAGGUGCAUGCCCCAGCCGCUGCUGGCUUUCACAGCUCCACACACACGCUGCCUUCAGUACCCACCAGACACCGUGCAAGUGGCCUCUAGCGCUGCUGGGAACGGAGCGGGUGCACGUCUUCUGGUGUCUCCUGCCCAGUGCCUCAGCCACCAGCCACGCUGCACCCCAG